GACUGUCAAGACUUUCAAGACUGUCAGAACUGUCAUGACAAACUAAACAAUAUGAGUGAGGAAGAAGUACCUGGUGAGGGAGGUGAGGAGUCGCCGGGAGCCGGAUCGGUUGAAGAGGUGGCUGCCCCAGUGCCCGAUACCACCACCGCUGAACCCGUGGAUACCACCACUUCGGGAGCCCGGAUGAUAAUGAUGAUGAACCACCCCUGGAUGGCGGCCGCCGCUGUGGCCGUUUAUGCCACCAAGGUCAUGUGGCUCAAGUUUCGCGAACUCGGACUGGCCAAACAGAAAAAGACGAUUAGAAAUCAUCAGGACAAGACGCUGAAACCCCAGGAGGAUUACAAAGAAUGUGGGUUGGAGUCUGACUCUGACGAAGAGUCUGAUGCGGAGCCAGAUGAAGCUGAUCCUGCCUCUAAACCACCUCUAAAGUGGGUCGGUAAUGCUUGCGAUUUAGGUACUGAAGGAUCGUCGAGCAUCGUUUUUCAUUAACCAUUUGAGAGACUUGUAAUAUGAUCAAAAUUAUUGUAAAUCAACAAAAUUAUUCAAAAGGAUAAUAGGCUUCCGCAUAUAGCUUGGAUUUUCCUAUAAUCAUCUUGGUAUUUUAAAAAAUUUAGUAUUUCAAUUUGAAUGCUGUGAAGAGGGUAUAGUGUGUAAUACAAAUAAACCAAAUAUAUAAGACAAA